CUCUCUCUGAUACCACCAGAGUUUAAUUAUGUCAAAUCCCAAUUCAAUUACUAUUCCCUCAUCAGCUCCUGAGGACGGAACAUAUAAAAGGUGUAUUUCUAUGGCAGCAGCAACAGGGGAUUGGGCAAUAGCUUCCUCUUACGAUAAAACUCAUCCUAACUGGAUAUCUACUCCCUUGACUGUGGAUGGAGACACAGCUCUCCAUAUUGCAGUGAGAAUGGAAGAAACUAAAUUUGUUGAAAAGUUGGUUGAACGUACUAGCAAAAAAGAUAUGGAAAUUCGUAGAACCGAUGGAAAUACUGUCUUUUGUUUAGCUGCUGUUUCAGGAAAUGUGAAAAUUGCAAGAAUUUUAUGUGAAAAGAAUCCAGAAUUGGUAUGGAUUAAAGGCCAUGAAGAACAGUUACCAAUUCAAUUGGCUUCCUUAGCUGGACAACUUCAUAUGGUGAAGUUUUUGUUUCAAAGGAUUGAACAAGACAACAACAUUAAUUUACCAUUUCAAGAUAUAAUCAAACUAUUUUUCUUGACCCUGACCAACAACAUUUAUGCUGCAGCAUGGAGUUUGGUGAUUCAAAAUUCAGAACUCGCUCAUACAGAAAAUGAAAAUGGACUAAAUGCCUUGCAAUUGCUUGCUCAAUCACCUUUCGAAGAAAAUGCUCCUUGCUACAAAGAUCUUGUAAGAGUAUUGUUUGAGAGAAUGGAAGAGGAAGAAGAUGAAUUUCUACAAUAUACAAAAACUUCAAAAGCAAUGUUUGAUGCAGCACAGUUAGGCAACAUCUUAAUUUUAGAAUUUAUUUUCAACUAUAAUCCGAAUAUAUUUAUGGAAGUCAAUUCUGAAGGGCAAAGUUUACUUCACGUUGCGAUUUUACACCGACAAGAACUUGUGUACCAUCUAAUAUUGAGCAAGGGUUCAUACAAAAAUGUUUUGGUGCAAAUUGUUGAUCAGGAGGGAAACAAUGUUCUUCACUUGGCUGGAAAGUUUGUUUCUAAAGGAAGAUUUGGAUCACCUCAUAUACAUCAAGAUCUUCUAAUUCACAGUGAUGAGUCAUGGUUUAAGAAAGUGGAGAAGAUAGUACCUCCCACAUUAAAAAGCAUGGAAAAUAAAAAUGGUAUGACCCCAACAGAAAUAUUUUACAAGGAACAUAAAGAAUCAUAUGAGAAAGCUGUAACUGAAGUGAAUGGAACUGCAAAUACUUUUAUAGUUGUGGCAGCUUUGUUUCUAUCACUAAGCAUAACUGCAGCUCUAUCAAUUCGUAAUAAUAAGAUUAGUGAAAAUACUCAUUUUCUUCGUUACAAAAAAUGGUUCUAUUUAUUUAUUUUAUCAAUUGGAUAUGGAGUGAGCUUGUGUGCAACAUCAAUGCUUCUUCUCAACUCAAUUAUACUUCCAUCAACAUGGACAAAAAAACGAGGUUAUGUUAAUUCUCGAUUAUCAAGGAUGUCACUUGGUUAUUUUUCCCUUUAUUCAUCUUUUCUUGUCUUGGUUAUAAUUUCUAUUUUCUCUGGGGUCAUUUUGGUCUAUAGCUUCUUCCCCAACUGGGUCUUUUAUGUCAUUGAUCUACUUUGUGCUAUUCCAAUCACCUUGAAUUUUUUUAUUUUCUUUUAUCCUUUAUAUUUCUAUUUAGUCUUAAAACUAGCCUUCUACACUCGACGUGUAACAAUGAUUAUGUCAAAUAUGUGAUGUAAAAUUAUUUUCUACAUUU